AAAAAACCGAAAUAGAGAACAUAUACGUCUCAAGAAAGUUCCACGUAAGAAAAUGGGGUAUAAAAUGGAUGGAAUAUUCCGAACUUAUUAUAAUAACAUUGAAUAUGGAGCAAUGGAAGUAGGGAAAAAAUUCGAUGCAACGAAAUUGUUAACUGAUGGGUUCAAGCUUGGCAAAGCCAUGCACGAUAUUUUUGUAUGCUUAUGCGAAUUAGUUCGAUAUGACGAAAGUCAAAUAAGGAAACUGCAAGUUGCGGGCAUUAUUCAUUUAGGUCUUAAACUGCAAACCUUACAAUUAAGCAGUCCUAAAGGAUACGUUUCAAUAUUAAAACGAGAUAAACUUUACGAAGUACCAAAUACAGUUGAAAAAAUGAAAGACCUAAUUAGAGUGUUGGCUAGCAUGUGGAGAGUAAAGAAAAUCAUCACAGACUGUAUGGAGACAGUUAACACGAGUAUUCAAGAUCCAGCUGAGUUCUUACAAGAAAUAAUCGGCAUAGAGUCGCCACUAUCUGAAAUAGACUUUCCAUGGUCUAUUGAUUCCAUGGUCUAUUGA